GUCAGAUUCGGCUCGGGACCUGAGUGUGGAGUGACUUCAAAAAGAAUAGGGGUGUCUAAUUGUCCUCGACGACUAGCUUACGUACCUGCUAUGGGUAUAAUAAGUAGGUACUCAUCAUUACUUGUUCCUCUAACCCCCUACCUCACUAUUCUCGCCACACAAAUUCACACUUCCCACAAUGGCCCAAACCUACGACGUAAUCAUCGCCGGCGCCGGCCCCAUCGGCCUCUUCCUCGCGUGCGAGCUAGCCCUCGCCCAUACCUCCGUGCUGAUCCUCGAGCGCGACCCCUCCCCCUCCUCCGUCUGGAAGUCGAAGCCUCUCGGCCUGCGCGGCCUGAACACCGCCUCCGUCGAGGCCUUCUACCGGCGCGGGCUGCUCGACCACGUCGCCGAACCCAGCCCGGUGGCCCACAAUGCCCCCGGCUUCAGGUUCGGCGGCCACUUCGCGGGCCUGCUCCUCAACGCCAACAAGCUCGACUUGGCCCGCUGGCCGUACCGCCUCGAUGGCCCGGCGCUGAACCCGAGCCCGACGACUAUUGCUCGCGUGGAGGCUGGGCUGACGGAGCGCGCGGAGGGCUUGGGCGUCACGAUACUGCGGGGGGAGGGGGUCGCGAGGGUUGAGCAGGAUGCGAGCGGCGUGACCGUAGAAACAGGAGACCAGCAGACGCCAUCGUCGUUCAGGGGCAAGUGGCUAGUCGGCUGCGACGGCGGCCGCAGCACAGUCCGCAAGGCCGCCGGCUUCUCGUUCGAGGGCACGGCGCCGACGCUCACGGGAUACGUGGCGCGCGUGGACCUCGACCACCCCGAGAAGCUGAAGCCCGGGUUCCAGGCCUCGCGCGGCGGGAUGUACAUCGCGCUCGAGGCGCCAAACCUGUACCUGCUCGACUUCGACGGCGGCGCCUUCGAUCGCUCGCGGGAGAUCACCGCGGCGCACAUGCAGGGGGUCGUUCGCCGCGUUGUGGGCGAGGGCGUAAGCGUCGCAAAGCUCCACCUCGCCUCCUCCUUCACCGACCGCUGCAUGCAGGCCACGCGCUACCGGCGGGGCCGCGUCCUGCUCGCCGGCGACGCCGCGCACAUCCACUCGCCGCUCGGCGCGCAGGGCCUGAACCUCGGCCUGGGCGAUGCGCUGAACCUGGGGUGGAAGCUGGCGGCGACGAUCCACGCACAAACAUCAACCCCAACCGCAGAGAAGGAAGACCUCACCCUCCUCAACACCUACGAAGCCGAGCGCCUCCCGCUCGCCAAAUGGGUCCUCGAGUGGACGCGCGCGCAGGUCUCGGUGCUGCGGCCCGACGCGUUCGGCACCGCGCUGCGCGACCUCGUGACGGAUCUGAUCGCGACGCCCGACGGGACGAACCUGUUCCUCGGGAGGAUAUGGGGGUUGUCGCAGAGGUAUGAUCUAGGUGACGGGCAGCACCCGGUUGUCGGGUGCAGCGUCCCCGAAUUCGAGCUCGAUGACGGGUCGAGGCUGGGCUCGAAGAUGGCGGGCGGGCGAGGGGUGAUGGUGGAUUUUGGGGAGGACGAGGGCCUUAAGGGGUUGGUUAAGGGCUAUGAGGGGAAGGUCGAUUAUGUGAGUUUGGGCGCGAAGGACCAGCUCGGUCUCCGGGCCUUGUUGGUCCGUCCUGAUGGGAUUGUUGCUUGGGCCAGUGAGGAGGAGAAACCUGAUACUGGUGCGGCUAAGGCUGCUCUGGAACGUUGGUUUAGGUGUGGUUCUUGAUACCUAGGUACCUACCUAGGUAAAGGCGGUUUGGAUCUCUGUAUUGGCGUAUUGACUCUGGCGUUUCGGUGUUUAGGUAGACAAACUCUGCUCUCCCCUUUUAAAGAUACCUUAUUGAGCUUUAGAUAGAUCAAUAUGCGACUUGUAUAGUAGUACCUAGGUAGGUACGAUAAAUGAAGAAAUACACAACUCUCUUAAGAUAAAGCCCAUCGACAUCAAGGAUACUAGAAAGUCAUAAUAUGACUAGGUAGGUUUUCAGGGGUACGGCGAGAG